GAAAGGAAUGACACUGGAGAGGCAGAGAGGAGUGACCGCAGAGACAGAGGGGCAGGUGGGCUGGCCCAUGGCGGAGGCCUCGCUCCCACAGCUGAGGGGAGAUGCCGAAGCCACGCCUUGCCCCAGUGUCCUGGAACUGGAGGAGCUCCUGAGGGCAGGGAAGUUUUCUUCCAGCCGCGUGGACGAAGUUUGGCCCAACCUUUACAUAGGAGAUGCGGCCACAGCAAAUAACCGCUUUGAGCUAUGGAAGCUGGGCAUCACCCACGUGCUGAAUGCUGCCCAUGGGGGCCUCUACUGUCAGGGCAGCCCUGACUUCUACGGCAGCACUGUGAGCUACCUGGGGGUGCCAGCCCACGACCUCCCUGAGUUCGACAUCAGUGCCUACUUCUCCUCUGCAGCUGACUUCAUCCACCGUGCCCUCAGCACACCUGGGGGAGUACAACAAAGGAGCCUGGGGAAGCUGCUUCGUGUUCAUCCUGGGGGAGAGCCAUGCCCCUUGCCACCUGACCCCGGGUGAGCCAGUGUCUCCUCUGGACUUCAGUUUCUCCUCUGUGUCGUGGCAAAGACAAGACUAUGGCUCAUAGCACUGUUCAAUCCAAAGCACUCUGACAUUCAUUUUCCUUCGCCAUUCAUUCACCGACUAUUAUCUUCUCUGUGCCAGCCACGGAGCUAGAUACUGGGAAUCCACACUUAGGCAAGGCAGGGCCCCUGGUGGAAAGACAGUCAAAUUGCAAAGUAUUACGAGCGCUACUCAGAUGCGUGGGCAAAUGUGAAGAGCAAAGGGAGGUGGGGGGCGCUUCCCUCUACAACAGUAUUCACCGGGCCACAUGCAAAAAGGAUGGGCUGCUCUGUGAUUCACGUGAUACCAUGAGUGGCAGGAAGCCACGUCUCAGCCAAAACCCGACAAAUGAGUAGCAGAUGUUAGUCAGACCAAGAGAGGGGGAAAACUUUUACAGGUAGUUGAAGUAGCAUGUGGUAAGGCUGGAGGCCAGGGACCAGGACAGCUUCAAGGAACUGAAAGUUACCCAGUGUUCCUAGAGCUGAGGGUCAGGGGGGGACAGCCUGAGGUGAGGCUGCAGGGUCAGCAGGGGCCAGCUCACAGAGGGUCCUGUGAGCCACGUUGGGGAGUGUGGACCCCAUCCCAAGGGUAGGCAUAAUAGGUGUUGAGAUGCCCAUUUGACAGAGCAGGAAAUGGAGACCCAUACACGCUGAAUGAUUUACUCAGGGUCACAGAAUAUACCCAGGGGAACGUGGGUCCCCACCUCAGCCCCUGGGUGGGCCGGUGGGUGGGAAAGGGUCUUUCAGC